AGGUGGGGAAUCUACGACACGGAGGAAUUCUAGCAGCCAGCCAGGGAUCGGAAGAGCAGAAACAGAGGCGACAUUGUUCCUGGCCCUGUGAUCAGGGCUCCGCUGGAAAAUGGUAAUGAGUGUCGAGGUUAACGACAGAUAAGGCCACUGUUUGCUGAUAGGUGCAGGGGAAAGUUCAGGAUUCGCCACGUGACGGAGAAAGCGCACGCAGGUCCACAUCUUCUGGUGUGCUGGGAUCCGGCUGGAGGAGAUUUCCGAGGAAAAUGCGGCAGUUCUUGGGCCUCGUGCUGGUGUGUUUGUAUGUGCAGUGGGGCAGGGCCUCUCCUGCUAUAGUAGGCUGCCAGGAACAGACCGUCAUGCAGGCAGCCGACGAGGCGCUGGACCAGAUCAACACACACCGAACUGAGGGCUACAUCUUCUCCCUGAACAGAGUGUACGACGUCAGGCAAGAGGAGAAGGAGGGAGGUGAGAAGCAUCUGCACCUGACAAUGGACGUGCUGGAGACAAAGUGUCACGUGAUCAGCAGGAGGAAUUGGAAGUCAUGUGAGGUGAAGGACAUCAAAGAUGUUCCAGUCUUUGGAACGUGUGAGGCACUUGUUACUACUCAGAUCAACGUUACUCUCCAUAACUUCAGCUGCAUCAUCCAGCAAGUCCCUGCCGUUGCCAUAGUUGAGAUCUGUCCAGACUGCCCAACAGCAGAGAGCCUGGGAGAACCAAUCGUAGCAGAGACAGCAAAUCUUUCUCUCCAGAAAUUUAAUAAAGAGUCGGCCAUGACCAGCUACUUUGCUCUCCUGAACAUAACGGCUGCAAGUAUGCAGUGGGUUAUUGGUCCUGCCUACUUUGUGGAGUUCACCAUACAGGAGACAGACUGUGCCAAAGCUUCAGCCGAUGUGGACUUCACUCAGUGUCAGCCAAAGGACGGGAUGUCUACAAAGGGCUUUUGUACUGGAUCACACAUUACCGAUGACGACCCCGAGAUCAAAAUUCCUAUAGAGGUCAACUGUACAAUCUAUAAACAACCACUGACCGAUGCGCAAGAGAAGGCCGACGAUGCUACCAGCCCAAGAACAGCUGGCAGACCUUCCCCAGCCCAGACUGUCCCUGGAUCAGUGCUGGUGGUGCCACCUCCACGCAUCCCCAUGCCUCCCAGAGCUGUGGCUGCUGCUAACAGCUGCCCGGGAAAGAAGAGGCACUCCCUCGGACUCAGAGCACUGAGACUGUGAGGUCCGGUCAUGAGGCAGGUGCUCUAGAGUUUGAUAAGCACUAUGAAUAAUUACUGUUUCAUGCCACUUUUAUAAUGAAUGGCCCUUAAUUGACAGUAGUAGCAUUUUCAGUGUUCAGUAAUAGCACCCUGGCAACCCAGCAUAGCAACAGCAAACCAUACAGGCUGAUAACAGCAAGUGGAGGGCAGUAAUGAUUUUUUUUUUUUCUCAUAUACAGUUCCAUGUACCUAAGUAUUUUUUUUUUUGGCUUGUCAUAAAUUAAACAAUAGUGGCAAUACAAAUGUUUGAGGUUUUAAGUAUCAUCCUCUUCAAAUAUGCUUUCCAAUUACAUCACUGAAGUGGCCACAGUUUCAGCUAUGCCAGUAGCUCUGUUUGUAUGCUGUGUUAGCCCUGUUUGUACAUUGUGUUUGCUCUGUUUGGUAUUCUGUGUUUGCUCUGUUUGGUAUUCUGUGUUAGCUCUGUUGGUAUUCUAUGUUAGCUCUGUUUAUUGGAUGUGUUAGCACUGUUGGUAUGCUUUGUUAGCUCUGUUGGUAUGCAUCAGGUUAACAAUAAAACACUAUCCUACUUCUACUGAUAUUGUCAGUGAAUAAAGUUAAUAAGGUUUUUGCUGGGAGAGCAGUUUUAAAUUACAGAAUGCUAAAGAGUUGACAUUUGGUAUGUUCUAAGAAAUAAAUAGAUAAAUCACAUGCUGUAAUAUGUCCUGAUGUUUUAAUGGCCGUGAUUAAAAUGGGCACUCUGAGAAAGAAAA